AGCAGAACUUCAAUCUAGAGGGUAGGGCUGCCUCGCAAGUGGGGCGACAAGACGAUAAAAGGGCUUCCUCAGCUCCAAACCGGAGGAUAGGUGAGCCAAUAAACUCAGUCAUGUUUUGCGGAAAAUGGAAAAAGUCCCGCUUGGAAACUUGUCACCACCAGCAGCAGCUUUCUGCCCAUCAUGGAGGAACUGCCAAAUCCUCGGGGCACCGCGCUUUCAAAAAAUUGGGUUUGACGGAUGAUGAAGAUAUUAAGGUGAUGCUGCAGGGAACCUUUUUCUGGAAAGUCAAGACUUAUCAGCCCCAGAAACAAAGACUGUUUCAGCUUCUUGAAGAUGGGAUGUCUAUCUGGUUUGAGACUCGUUUUAAAAAGGCUCGCUCCAAACAUAUUUUCUCCAUCCUCCAUGUUGAAAGUGUACGUGAAGGUUACCAAUCUGAGGGGCUUCGGAAAUUUGGUGGUUCUUUUGCAGAAGAGCAGUGCUUCACUAUAGUCUUCAGGGGGAAACGGAAAAACCUGGAUCUGGCUGCUCGGACUGGGAUUGAAGCCCAGCAGUGGGUGAGGGGACUCACAAAACUGAUGGACAGAUGUGAAACCAUGAGCCAGCAAGAAAAGCUUGAGCACUGGAUCCAUGGCAUCUUACAUGAAGCCGACAAGAACAAAGACAAUAAGAUGAGUUUCAAAGAGAUCAAAAACAUGUUGCGAAUAGUAAACAUAGAUAUGAAUGACAUCUAUGCCUAUCAGCUCUUUAAGGAGUGUGACAAAUCAAACAAUGACCGCUUGGAAGAAUAUGAGAUUGAAGAGUUCUGUACACGAUUAAUGAAACGGCCUGAGCUGGAGGACAUCUUCCACCAAUAUUCAGGCAAGGACUGUGUGCUGUCUGCUGAGGAACUGCAGGAAUUUUUGCAUGACCAGGGUGAAGAAACAAGCUUGCAACAAGCUAAGCAUAUCAUUCAGACGUAUGAGCUCAAUGAGAAAGCCAGGCAACACAAUCUCAUGAUGCUGGAUGGUUUCACAAUGUACUUACUAUCUUCAGCGGGAAACAUCCUCAACCAGGCCCAUGCUGGGAUCUAUCAGGAUAUGAACCAGCCUUUAUGCCAUUACUUCAUCUCUUCCUCCCAUAAUACCUACCUAACAGACAAUCAGAUUGGAGGGGCCAGUAGCACUGAGGCAUAUGUUCGGGCAUUAAUGAAGGGGUGCCGUUGCGUGGAGCUGGACUGCUGGGAAGGUUCUAAUGGAGAGCCUAUUAUCUACCAUGGCCAUACUCUUACCUCCAAGAUCCUCUUCCGGGAUGUAAUUGAAAGCAUCCGGGACCAUGCCUUCAAGCACUCUUCCUAUCCUGUGAUUCUUUCUCUGGAAAACCAUUGUGGCCUGGAGCAGCAGUCUACAAUGGCCCAUCACCUGAAAACUAUUCUAGGGGACAUGCUGUUGAUCCAGCCACUGGAUGGAGACCUGUCCAAACAACUACCAUCACCAGAGCAAUUGAAGGGGAAGAUAUUAGUGAAGGGGAAAAAGCUAUCAGAGAACAAGACUGAUCCAAGAGUUUACUUGAUCUCCAAUCGUGAGGAAGAAAUGCAGGAGGAAGAAGACCAGAGGUUUACAUCUUCUCUCCAGGAAAUCAGACCUUUGCAGGCAAAGGAUGUAGUGCAGAUUUCACAAGAACUCUCUGAUGUGGUUGUAUAUUGCCGGGCUAUUCCAUUCCAAAGCCUGUCUGAUGCCCUGCUCCACCAGAAACCUUCAGAGAUGUCAUCCUUCAGUGAGCGGAAAGCCAGGAAGCUGAUCAAAGAUUCAGGAAACUUUUUUGUCCGGUACAACACCCAGCACCUCAGCCGUAUCUACCCACUGGGUCUGAAGAUGAACUCCUCCAACUACAAUCCUCAGGAGAUGUGGAAUGUUGGCUGCCAGAUUGUGGCACUGAAUUUCCAGACACCAGGUGCUGAGAUGGAUUUAAAUGAUGGGCGCUUUUUGGUGAAUGGCCGCUGUGGCUAUGUGCUGAAACCUGCUUUCUUAUGCAAUAACCAGAGUCAUUUUGACCCCAAGGUUCCCAUUCAUAGGAAUGGCCAGCAUCCUAUUGCCCUCACCAUCAAGGUGAUUACGGCUCAACAACUUCCAAAAUUAAAUAAAGAGAAGAGUUCUUCCAUUGUUGAUCCUUUUGUACGGAUUGAGAUUCAUGGAAUUCCUGCAGACUGCUGCAAGAAACAAACUGAAUACCGGUUAAAUAAUGGAUUCAACCCAUGUUGGAAUGAGACUUUGAUGUUUCAGAUACAAGUUCCAGACCUGGCACUGGUGCGCUUUGUAGUAGAGGAUUAUGAUACAACUUCCUCCAAUGAUUUUGUGGGACAGUUUACAUUGCCAUUGCCCAGCAUUAGGGAAGGCUACCGGCAUAUCCAUUUGCUUUCCAGGGAUGGUACAUCCCUAUCUCCAGCUACACUUUUUGUACAUGUUAGAUGCAGGAAGAUGUGAAAGCUAUAAUAAAAGUUCGAUUUGGAAAAUGUGAAAGUGGAUUGAGAAGGUCCAAUCAGCCCUCAGAAGAAUGGAUGAAUAGCUGUGCUAAUUCUGGAUGCCACCUGCUGUUAAAUCAAGUGAGGUCGGAGCCACUGAGAAGAACCAGAGUGUUGCAGCCAGAAGAUCCAGGCUGAGAGAACAACAUGUCAAUCCUCACUUGAAUAUUCAAGCUAUUUUAUUAGGGUCAUAAUUUAAGAUUCUUUGUGUAGUUGAAGCUAAAAGCUAUGUAACCUAAAGACUCCUAGAAUGCUUUCCUAGACAGGAUUUUAAUCUGACUAAAUAUUCCAUCUUAUUCACUUCUUUGCAGUGGCCUGCAAAAAAGACACACUGAGAGUAGGGAAUUUUUUGUAUUAUUUCUUUGUAAGUCACAAUAGAAGAAGCCCAAUGAAAUGAUGUUAUACGAUAUCUUGCAAACUUGGGUUAGGGCCAUUGAAAUCUAAGGAUGUGAGAUAGAUUGACUUGUGACCAAGAUUAAUGAGUGAAGAUGGUGUGAUCUUUGUAGUAAAGGCCUAAGACAGUGAAACGUGACCCACCAAUUGAAUUGAGGAAUUUGAGUUAGCACAACUGAUUUGGAAUCUGAUUGAGUAUAUAUGCACUUUGACAGGCUGAAAUAGAGACUGGGGCACGAAACUAGAUCUUUAUUUAUUUUGGAAACAACAAACUACUACAUGUAGCCUAUAACUUAGGUUAUUUCAAAGAUCAUGUUUCAAAUAAUGAACAGUAGAUGGGAACUUUUAAGACAGAAGAUUGUAGAAUUUAAUGACAACCCCAGGAGUAUCAUAGAUAUAUGAAAAUCCUGCUCCUCACUUCAUCUACUUGGUUAGCUUUUCAUGAUACUCCAGGACAAUUUUAAUGAGAUUUAAAUACUAAUUGACAAAUUAGUAUUAAGUUGCUAUUCAAAACAUAUUUAUAUGGUCUUUAUUCUGGACAAACACUAAUAAUUAUUCUUAAGUUUAUUUUGAUACAUCACAUAGAUUGAUAUGAGGAAAAUAUGAGUACUCCUACACAUUCUCAGACUCAUUUGUGGAGAAAUGUACUUUUAGAAAUUAGAUUUGAAGCAGUGCACUAUUUUUCUCUUAGAACUUUUGAUUGUGAACUAUAAAAAAAAAAUCACCAGAGCAUUAAGGAUGAAAUUAUUUUUGAUAUAUUGUUUCUCCUGGUGAAUUUGAAAUAACUAUAUAUAGCUUUAGAGCAUUUACUCUUUCGGUAUAAAUUAAAAUCAGCUGUUGGCAGCUAGUGGCUGUUUUGGCAAUUGCUAGUUAAACUGUCACAAUGCAUUUCAAAGGAUUUUACGCUGCAAUCUUACAUUAUCCUACUACUACUGGGAGUCAUCAAGUUAAUCACUGCCUUUCAAUAUUACCUUUUACAAGAUUGUUCUUGUGAGGAACACAUACAUACACACGCUGUUUUGAGUUACUAGAGGAAAAGCAGCCUAUAACAAUAAUUUAGUGAGGUUUUGUUCAAGAGAGCAAUUACAAGGGUAUAGUUUUAACUGAGAUUUUUUUUUAUUUUUCACCAUUAAUUGCAGCUUGGAUUAGAUGGAGAUAAAUCCAUUGGAAAUUUAUACUAUGCACCCAUGUUUAAGUUAUGGACCAUAGCUUCACAAUAAAUAUUAAGGUGUCAUAAAAGGAAAACAGUAAUAACUCAUUUGAUGUGUUUUUUCAAAGCAUUUCAAGUAGCAUAUCUUAUAAAAUAGUCUACUUUUACUUUGCAAUAGUUUCUUGAAAGAGUUGGUUCAUCAUUUAUAAGCAACUUCUGAACAUUUAGUAGCUGCUUUUAUCAUACAACCUAAUAGUUCUUAUUUUUUGGUUGUUCAGCCUCAAUACCUAGGGUGCAAGGUAUUUCCCAAGCAUUCAGAAAGAAGCCAAAUGAAUCUGACAGCUGAACUUGGAUGACAACAUACAUAGGAACAAGAAGGGCAUGUAAUUAUUUUAGCGCUACUUAUGAACAUUUUCAAUGAGGCUUCAAGUAAAAUUCUUUAAUGAUAAUUCUCACUGAUAGUGCCCAGAUUUUUAGCAAAGACAUCAUCAAGACGUCUCUUUGGCUGCUGCUCCUAUUUUAUUUUUGGCUCAGCAGAUUCUCCUUUAGAUUUGCCCUCCCCCCUUCUGAUUUUUCUAGGCAAUUUCCAAACUACAAUUUCCUUCCUAUGUCCUACUUACAACUAGAUUCACUUAAUGAAACAGCAGCUACUUACUCUCUUGCAGGAUAUAGUUACUACUUCUAGACAGUAGAAGGCUUGUUUACUACAGCACUUCAGAUCUGUACUCUUGUUUGGAGAUAUUCUCUUUUAACUUGGGGUAGAAAAUCUGGGGCAUCAGUCCUGACACGGCAAGGAAGAGCUAGGCUAUAGAAUUGGCCUACACCUAUUGUUAGACAAGUUCAGAUUUCUCUUUCGGUUGUGCUUUGUGCUGCUAUCAGAAGUGUGAGGAUCAGAUUUCCAUUUUUUUCUCCUAUAGUAUUUGUAAAAAUAAAUAAUGGGCAUAUCCUUACCUUAUGGAACAGAGGGAAGAUGACCAACCAAUGGUAAUGUCUGGUCAUGCAGCAUGCAUUUCAAUCUCUUGGCAACAAUACAGGAUGCAAGACAACAUAGGGCAACAGGAAGGGGGUUUGAAUAACACCUACACAUAACUUAUAAAACAGAAACCUAUUACUGCAGUUUUCAAAAAUUAGUCUAAACUGGCCCCCCUCCAAAGCAGUGUGAGAUUGGCCUUGAGUCAAAUCCCAACUUUACUGUAACACAGUGUGACUUUAUGAAACAAAGUUCAAAUAUGGAUGGAGAAGCAAACUAUUUUUCUUGAGAUUUUCAGAGGAAGGUUAUAAUGGAUUAUAAAUUUAACAAUUAAUAAAAAAGAGUUUUUCCUGGAUAUUCUAAUUUUCUGCAGAAUAGAUUGUGACAAAGUGAUCAAGAUUUGCUAGAUUAUUAUUUAACAAGAUUAUUUGCUAUAUGUAUUUAAUCCUGUAUGUUCUGUGGUGUAUAGUAGUAGACCAAGUUCACUUUUGAAUUUAGCACAUUUUUGCUGGAGCUUAUUUAAACUGAAUGCAGUUUACAAAUUCAGACCUGACCUCUCUAUACAUAGAAGUUUCUCAAAGGACUGACAUGUGUUCAUUGUUUUACCCCUCUUCUCCAAUGGAAAAAAGACCCCCCCAUGAGCCUAAAUAUCUUCUAGAAUUUGAUUUUGUAAUUAUCUCUAUAUUAAAGAGACUGUUGUUUGUAAUGUAUUCAGUAAGUAAAAUGAUCUAGUCAGAGAAAUAUUUAAGUUCAACACCCAAACAAGACAAAGAAUAAAGUUGUAAUUGCUAUGAGGAA